GAAGCAAAAGAAAGAUAGUGACAGUUUAUGUGUAGUAGCUGUUUUGCUAUCCUCCGAUAUUUUGUCAAUUUUCAACUGUUUCCCAUCUGCUAGAAAGCAGAAAAGUUUUUCAAAAUGUUAGGUAUUAGUGAGGUGCGGUGAUUAAAGUUGAAAAUAACGCGUGGAAAGAAGAAUUAAUAGUGUUUUAUACAAAAGGUCACAUCUGCAAAUUGUCGGACGCUCUGUAGGAUUGCCUUGUUAAAUUGGACCUUAACGUCCGUCCGCUGUCAAGAAUCAAGAAAUCCGACAGCAGGCAGCAGACAGUCAUGUCAACUAGUGUUAUACCAGGAGUUUCAUCAACUAUGGCUUCUGCAAUCAACGCGACGACGGCAACAUUAAUAAAUAUGGUGAAUGUUGAGCCAAAAAGCGAGGACACCGAACCGACUCCUAUAUUUCUACAAACAAAAGCAGCCCAGGGUAUUGCUGGAGCAUUCGUAGCAUUAGCACUUUUCCUAACAUGUCAACAAAUUUAUCAGCAUCUAAGGUGGUACACAAAUCCAACGGAACAACGUUGGAUAGUGAGAAUUUUAUUCAUUGUACCAAUUUACGGAACGUAUUCGUGGAUCUCACUGAUGUUCUUUAAUAGCGAAAGUUAUUAUGUUUACUUCUUCACAGUGAGAGAUUGCUACGAGGCAUUUGUCAUUUACAAUUUCUUGACCUUGUGCUAUGAGUAUCUUGGCGGUGAGGGUAAUAUUAUGUCGGAGAUUCGUGGUAAACCAAUUCGAUCCAAUUGCCUUUAUGGGACAUGUUUUUUAGUCGGCAAAACUUAUACAAUUGGAUUUUUGCGAUUUUGUAAACAGGCGACAUUGCAAUUUUGUUUGGUGAAACCAGUUAUGGCGUUUGUCAUAAUAUUUCUUCAAGCAUUUGGACAUUAUCGCGAUGGUGACUGGUCUCCCGAUGGUGGUUACAUUUAUAUUACAAUCAUCUACAACAUCAGCGUUUCACUUGCCUUAUACGGGCUCUUUCUCUUCUAUUUUGCUACACGAGACCUGCUCACUCCCUUCGAUCCGGUUCUUAAGUUCUGCACUGUUAAGAGUGUCAUCUUCCUCUCAUUCUGGCAAGGUGUGCUCUUGGCUAUUUUCGAGAAGGCUCAGGUUAUUUCGCCUGUUAUUAACAGUUUAGGACAAUCGACAAGCGCUGGUACUGUGUCAGCUGGCUAUCAAAAUUUCCUGAUUUGCAUCGAGAUGCUCUUCGCCGCAAUUGCCCUACGAUAUGCUUUUCCGUAUCAAGUUUACGCAGCUGGUUGCGUCACUGACUCGAGGGGACGAAGUGUCACAAUGCAAAGUAUUAGCAGCAGCCUAAAGGAGACGAUGAAUCCAAAAGAUAUUAUGACUGAUGCCAUCCAUAAUUUUCAUCCACAAUAUCAACAAUAUACUCAAUACAGUUCUGACGUCAAUACCAACUUGUCCUACGAAAAGCUGUAAGUGCCCCCAAGGCAUCUCAAUUUUUUAUUUCAAGAAACAUUGGACUUCGGACUUUUUACUCGUCCUUUGCAGAGAACCAAAAUGAUCUAAAGUCAACAAAAAGCAAAAAAAAAAAAUAUAUAUACAUACAAUUUUACCGAUAAUCUCUUUGUACGCGCUUUAAUAAUGCAGAUGAUCAUUAUAAAAUUUUGAUUUUCUGCGACAAAAAAGAAAAAAAAAAAAAAAAUCAGUUUUCUUUUGUUAAUUAAAUGGAAAUACUGACAAUAACCGUCCAAGGUAUCUCCGUUAGGACUUAACCAGCCUUAUUGUAUUAUAAAAAAUAGUACUUAAGCGUAUAACGUUUGCUUAUAAAGUGAAUAAAAUAAUUUAAUUAGAAUAUUUUUUUCUAAGAAAAAAAAGAGGGUAAACGGAACGGUAUAAUUCUGUGACGCUUGCUUUUCAAAUAAAAUAAUGACGAUAAAUAACAGCCGACAAAUAUCUCCUUCUACAUAUAAUCUAACUUUUUGAAAAUACAUUCACACUCGGGCAAUUUUUUUAAUUCACUUUCUGGAAAAAUCAUUUGCUUCUUUUUUUUUGGUAAAGAAACCGAAAACAAAUCACGCCUAACUCGAUAUAUUUGCGAAUGAGCAAAAACUAAGUAUUUUUUUUUUUGGUUUUUUUUGUUACUUCCUUAUGGAAGUAUUUUCUUGUUUUUCUAAUAUCAAACUUUUUUUUCGCACGACAAUGCCCAAGCUUUUAUGUCUUGUAACCCCUUCUCCUUUUCCUUUGGACUGCAUGAUGCAUUUGGUAACCUGAGAUUUUUAAUGCUAUAUAAACAAACACAUAUCAUCUUGCGUCGCUGGUAAUUAUACUGAUGUAAUCUAGUUUUUAUGUUGGAAUGUAACAGAAUUAUAAUAAUAAUUAUAAUAUAGUCAGUUCUUAUACUGUAUUGUUCCAAGUUUAUAAACGACCGAACUAUCAAAGCAUGACAACAAAAGUCUUACAAUCUAAAGAAACAAAAUAAUGUCUUUUCGUGACAAGAUCUUAUUCGAUUUUUUUUAUCUUAUUCAACUCGCAAAUAAUAUUACAAUAUUGCGUAUCAUUUGUAAUUUUUUUUUAUCCUUUUAAGAACGUGUUAUUAUAAUAACAGUAAAACAAUAAAAAUUAUUUUAUUUUUAAAA